GCUAUAAGUGCCGAAUCAGUAGACUUCAGCUACUGGUCACAGUGUAUCACCUGCCACCGGAACCUCGUGUCUGCGCUCAAUUUCAGCCGAUCAGUACGGCAGUGGGUAGCGCCCGCCCCUGCGGCAAUGGAGCGCGCCGCUGCCGAGCUGCCGCCGCGGCCAGGCGCCUCGCCUGGUCUGCUGUGCCGCCGCUACUCCGUGCCCGAGACUAUCAUGAGGAAAUAUCGUCUCGCGCAGCAGAGGUCGGACUCGGAGGAAAGCGCACCUCAAACGAACCGCUCAGUCGCUUCAGCGUCCCCGGGCCCGGGCUGGGACGCGGCCGGCUCACCCGGCGACACGCCGCACCGCUUCCUGCGUCGUGACCGCGAGCUCAUGCGCAAGUCUGCGCUGCUUCGAAGGCUGUGGGGCCGCGGCUGUUGCUGCUGCGAGCCCGCGCCCGCCGCCGAGCUCGGCACGCGCUCGCUCGACGGCUCCCGCUCCGAGCUGCGCCAGCUGUCCAGCGGCCUGACCUCCUCGCGCUACUCGCACGUCGUCGGGUGGACCACACCCAAGCGACAGCGACUCGACUCCUCGAGAGACUUCCGUGGCAGUGAUGAGAUGAUUCGUGCCGCAAUGAAAAAUAGCUACGAUCGCGCUGAAGACUCCCGUAAGGACUCCGGAACCCGCAUCGACUUAUCGGACUCGACGUGCAAAUGUCGCGAACCUUCGUCCUAUACAGAGACAGUGACGGAUGUGCUCACCGACAGUGAAGGUUCCAAGUCGGAAAUACGACACGAAAGGGAUACAUUCCCGCAGUACUCAGAGCGACACUUGUCCGAAACGUCUACAACACAAUUCAGAUCAAGCACGAUAAACGACCCAAAUGUGACCAGUGAACACUCGGCGGCCGGCAGCGACGAGCGCCUGCUGUCAGACUCCUCGGACACGUACUCGGCGUCGUUCCCCACCGCGCAGGAGUGUCUGAGGAGCAGACCCUCGGUCCACCUCACGGGCAGCGCGCACAUCGCCGGCCACGUCAGUGACCACUCUGCUAGCUUGUUCCGCGAUGACAACGAUGCGGUACCCUAUGACAGGCCCCUGACCGUCCACACACCAUCCUACGAAGUACUAGAGAUAGUCGUGUCAGAAACAUUAAACGUGACCUCUGCACCGUCUGCUAACACGCUUCCACCGGAUAAGUUCUCACAAAGUUUGAGGGCUCCCGUGCAAAACCAGAAGACUGCUCAAAAUAUUAACAUUGAUGAAUACGUUUCUAAUAUUCUAGUAGAGAGCCUGAAUUCAUUGACUGAUCAAUUAGAAUGCAUGAAUGCGUCUAUGGGAAGCAAUAGGAAGAUAAGUAUAGUUGAAAAGGAAAUAAAAGUAAAGCUACAAAAUACAGGAGUCAAUACGAUAGUUCACUUGAGCCCCACCUCCAACAAUCAGAUUAUAUUUGGUAAUGAGGAGCUGUGCAUGAAUGAGGAGAGUAAAAACAACUGCAACAACUCCCCCGGCCAGCGAUCGUCGCAGGACCAAAGAGAGCCAGAGCUCGCCAUCCGCGACGAGCACAGCGUCGAGUGCAACAACAACACCGACCCCUUCGACCUGCAGCACGACAGCGUCAACCAGGCCGUGCUACAACAGAUACAGAAGCUGUUCCAAGACGAGUUCCACAGCUUGGAUGUUGACUAUUCGGAAAAAACAAUGCCUGAAAUAUCACACAUCGAAAUCUCGAGUGCGACGGAUGUGUUCAUUAACAACGAGAACGAGUUAAGCACGCAGGCUAGAGACACAAUGGAAGGCCGAUACGAGGUCAUCAGCGGCGUUGGCACCGGUAGCUACUACCCCGACGUGGAGGACCGGCCUUUAGUGCCACGCUUCUCCGCCCUGCCGCACACCGACUCCAUGGAGGUUAACACCUCCUCCUCCGAGGACGCAGACCUUAUGGGCUCCGACUGCACUAGUCUUGUGGAUAGUCUGGAUGAUCCCAAUUCGCCACGGUCCGUGUUGCUACGACGCGCUUUCUCCAACAGGCGCAACGAACUCGUUCGAUCCGCAAUAGAUAUUUUAGAUCUGCUACCCGAAGAUGUUCGCCAAGACGAACCUACAACUCCGAAGGACAAGGGCGAGUCAUUUUUUAUUAAAAUAAAAGAUAAUGAGUGUGACUGUGAGAAAGAAAAUGUCAAUGUGGCCGAUCGGAUGCCCGAAAAAAUAAAACAGAGAUUAUACCGACGACAUCGUAAGCGGGAAAUGCGAAUGGAGUGUGCACGGAGAUCACGAGGCAAACAGCGACCGAGAGAGUCCCAGACGGAACGCAGUCGUGCGCGCCGCGACCUGGAGCGUGACUGUGUCGCUAUUGUGAACGCGCUCAUUGAUGACGUCAUCGCUAAAGUCGCACAAGACGAAUACAAAUGCAUGCGCAUCAAGCACCGCCCCGCCAGGACACUGGCCUCGCACUGCGAUGAUAACAUUGUCAAGCGAACUUGGAAGAAAGAGAUGCUGCCUAUCGAAGAUAGAGAUCCAUUUUCAUCUGCGAAGAGUCACAAUACUCGAUGCAACUCGCAGCAGAUGGGUAAACAGAGGAGCGAGCGUCACCAGAUUUAUGGCAAACUGUCACUUGUGACGAGACCUGCGGUCGCCUGCGACGAUAGGGCUGCUAAGCGCAUCUACCAAAAGUCUGAAAUACGCGAUGGCAACAAAUGUAUCGAAAUUUUGGAAAUAUUAGAAUACGUCAAUGGGUCACAAAGCUCUCCAGAAACUACUAACUCUGACGAAAAUCAUAAUCAACACAUGAAAAAUAAAAAAUCUCGUAUUCCUAUUCCAAUUUAUGAAAAAAAUUUACGAUCCCCUACGAGUAGUAGUAAUAGUAGGCGCAGUUCCAUGCCGCGAGCUGAACUUAACGGCAACUCUAACCGCUUAAUCGCAGACAUGUUGCUGGGCGCGUUAGUGGAGACUGAGCCCAGCGAACUCAGCGAACCGGCCGGCCCGCCACCGGCGACUCGGCGCGCCUCCGUGCCGCGCUUCAAGCAGACCUUCGACAUCAUCCCCGAGGAGCGCAGCAGUCUCAGCCUCGACUCCGGUAGCGAGGACCCCAACCACAACCGUCGCACUUGCGAUAUCUCCGCAGUCCAUGAGCCACCGGCGCCGUCUCCGCCCGCAAACCCAUUACAAAAACUUUUCAAACCUCAAGGGGAUUCACCACGACGAUGUAAAGACGUGAAAAGUGCUGCCACUUCUCCGAUGAUGGAUUGCGAUUCCAAUAAAAAGCCUCUCAGAUCCAAAAACCAAACAACAAUGACAUCCCCUCUAAGCAAGUCAGCAGCGACAAGUCCUAUGCGGACGUCAGGGGCAGAAGGCGCGGUGCGGGAGGAUGCACCACUGGCCAGCAAGCGCGGCCGCCACGCCUGGCUGGCGCAGCACGGCGCAGGUCACAAAGAAAUGGCUGAGAAAGCACGGCAACGCAGGCCCACAAUGACACAAAACGAAAGACAUCCGAAUCCACAGCGACACGAACACAGUACUCGAGAGGAACGCGGCGAGCGACGCCGGCAGCCCGCUAGCGGCACGUCUCCGUCCGCAGACCCGCGCUCCGACUGCUCGCCGGUCGAUGCGUACAUCAUCGGCGACAAGAGAAAAGCGAACGACGGAACACAUUCGCCGUUCGUCAAAUUACCAGAGUUUAAAGGCGGCGGUGACAGCGGGGCCGCGAGCUCGAGCGAUAGCAGCGAGUCGGGAGGCAGCUUACUGUGCUCGCUCGCGCCCAAGUGGCUGUCACAGGGCCGCGCCAGGCGUCGACUGACGGUAGUGUGUGCAGGCGGCUGGUCGGUGACGGUGGCGGGCUCGUGCCGCGCCGCGCUGCCCGCGGACGUGGAGAUGCGCUUGCGGUUCCCGCACGACUCGCAGGCCGCCGUCGACGGGCCCUGUCAGGAAUGUACGUGCCGGCACUGUGCGACGUGUGCGUGCCCCGCGCGGGCGCGGGCGGGGCCGCGGGCGCCGCUGCUGCCAGCCGCCGCGCCGCCGCUGGCGCAGCUCGCGCGUUCUGACUCCAGCAAGCUGACCCUCACCAUGAAGAAGGAAGCGCUCGAUUCUUCUAUUCUUGCGUCCAAGAGUUCGAAGAAGUCUGGUGAGCCGCUGCCCGACGUGGAGACGUAUCGAGCGUCACGCAGUAAGCUAAAGAGCUCCGUCAAGACGCGUCGGGGGUACUCCCUGCACUGCUGGCUGCCCGACAGCGAGGGCGCGCCCCUCAGGGCGAGUGACGGGCUGUCCGUGCUGGGCAGCGCCAUCAUCCCGGAGCUGAAGCCGCGCGUGCCCACCAUGAGCGAGCGCGACCUCACGCGCGUCUACACGCCGCGCCACUACCUGCGUCUCUAGCGCCCCCUACCGCCCCACACGGCAACCCCACACUACAUCGUCGUUUUUUAACGCCGGGAGUCUUGUAGUACUUAAAUAAUCUCAUUUGUCUAAAAAGUAACGAAACCUAAUAAUUACAGACGUCAUUAUGGCCGGAGUAAAUGGCCUCGAGUCUCUGUUCUCGGUUAUUUAUUUACUUUGGCAGCUCUAAGAAACGAAGCACAAGGGUGAUGGAGUGAUCUUAAUUUUGACUUGUAUAAACACUAAACAGUAGUCUCAUCAAUGACAAAUGUAUCUGAUAAAUAAUAAUUAUUAUUUUGUAUUGAUUAUUUUGUGUAUCAUGUUAGAGGUUUUCUUUUCCUUCUGACAUAUUAUUCCUGUAUACAAAUUGACGUUCUGUGAACAUAAUGAAUUCGUAAAUGACAAAGGUUUUAACUAAGUCAAUAUUAUUUGAUACUUUAGUAAUGCAAUAACCGUGACAAACAUCGAAUAAUGUGUAUAUUUACUUACUUAUUCAAUUAUUUAUAUUCUUUGUUACUUAACCAUCAUAUUGUUCCUCUGAUUAUUCUGUGUCGGUACUACAACGAAUUUGCUUUUGUUAGCUUUUGACAUAAUUAUGUUUGUGAAUAAAGAUUGUAGGUACACCCCACGCGAUGUAUACUAGUCUAAAUUAUAAUUUUAAGAGCUGAACUUGCACCUGUGUAAAACAAUAAAUGUAUUUGAAUUUGAGAGUGAGAACAGAGGGGUGGGGGUGGGGAGACCUGACAACUUGCAACAUUUUCGUAUUCUGUAAAUAAAUAAAUAGUUUUAUCAUU